AUGGCAGAUUACGAGGGCUACUUACUGCUACACGACUUUGGACGACAAGCAGAUCCUCUCUACUUUGAGUUAGAGGGCGGAUUGCUACAGUACUACGAAAAGAAGGACGGACGCUUCAUGGGCCACUUUUCGCUCACUCGCCAUCGCGUAAUGGUCCAGCCCAUUGACACCGGAUUAACGCCAAAUCGUUUUUGCCUUGAGCUGUGUCCCGUCCGCUCGAUGCACGAUGUAGAUCGCUCAAUUAAACAUCUCCCACGUAUUCGCAUCGUUCUUAGCGCGUCUACUCCUGAGACUCAAGGCCAGUGGAUCCACGCAUUGCGCACAUGGCGCCGUCGUAAUUGGAAAGAUACAGCAGUGAUUGCUGCUUUCGAAGACGAAGCUAAAGCUUUGCGUGUAAUGAUGAUUAUGUAUCAUCUCGAGUUCAAGCUGCUACGAACCACGGACCGAACGCUAAGCAAAACUAACAUUGAGUCUGGGUCAAGCGACCCAAUUUACGGUGGCUCUAGGAUGGCAAAGUUUUGUGCGCAUCCAGCCACAACGGGGCCAGGAGGAGUCGAAAGGACGCACUUCAGCAACUCGUUUCGCUUCCAGGGCGUUUACGCAAACCAGAUUGCGCAGUGA